GUGCCCAGCACACAGCUUCAUCUUGCAGUGCAUUUUCCUCUUCACUUCUGUAGCUUCAUCUCUCUGUCUGUUUAGUGCUACAAAACGACAUGUCACCAGCAGUGCUUGCAGGUUCUUCCUCUUCUUCUUGCUCUGCCACAUUCAACAGGCACCAGUACUCCAUCAAAACUCCUCAGAUCACUACCCCAAAAUCAUUGGCACCACUACAAUGUCAGAAGACUAGCUUUCAAGGGUUGUCACUUGGAGAAGCCAAACGGGGUGUAUCCGAAUCCUUCGUAGCUGAAAGUAUAAGUAGUGCUACUGUAAGAAGAGGUCGGCUGCUUAACAUAGUUGCAAGAACAGCUGGGGCUGCAAAGACAAUUGAGGCUGAGGUUGACAAGCCAUUAGGCCUCACUUUGGGUCAAAAGCCUGGAGGUGUUGUUACCAUCACUGCCGUGGAUGGAGGUGGAAAUGCAGCAAAGGCAGGAUUGAAGGCAGGGGACCAGGUGCUCUACACUAGCAGCUUCUUUGGAGAUGAAUUGUGGCCAGCAGAUAAGCUUGGAUUUACUAAAACUGCCAUCAACGCCAAGCCAGACAACGUUUACUUUGUUGUUAGUAGAGGUGGUGCUGAGGUAGAUGUCAAACGGCUACCAAAGCGUCCAGCUCCUCCUCGUUUUGGAAGGAAACUAACCGAGUCUCAAAAGGCUAGAGCUACUCACAUAUGCCUUGACUGUGGAUUCAUAUACACUUUGUCAAAGCCAUUUGAAGAGCAGCCGGAAUCGUACGCAUGCCCUCAAUGUAUAGCACCAAAGAAGAGGUUUGCGAGAUAUGAUGUGAACACCGGGAAAGCUAUUGGUGGUGGUCUGCCUCCCAUUGGAGUCAUUAUUGGCCUUGUUGCUGGUGUUGCCGGUGUCGGAGCAUUGCUUGUAUAUGGUCUUCAAUGACCUAGCUAGCCUCAGCUCUUGUUUUUUUAACCUCAACAUCUCCCUCAGCUAGACCUGUUUCAAUUGUUGCUACAAUCUAUAUAUAU